GUUGAGGAGUGUUGUAAGAUGUGUAAGCCUAGCCAUGGGAUGGUGUACAUGUUGUAUCGAGGAACGGAAUCAGAUAAACCACAUGUAGACUAAGGAAGAAGGUGAAAAAGAUAUUCACGGAUAAUGAAGGACAAAAGCUGCUUUCCAUCUCGGCGGGCCUCAGCUUUAUUGAUUUCCAGCAUGUGUAUCGCCUUCGUCUGUUUUGUUGCGUACACUGAGAACACCUUUGAAUACAGUUAUACUCAAAUCAGAAAAGAUCCGGGAACUGAAGGUGUAAACAUCGACCACACCAAACAGGGAAGAAGCUAUGAUACAAGAAACAACAUCGAAGAUCACACAGUAAAUGAUGUACCAGGCAUCGAUCCCAGUACUAAACAGGGUAUACUCAUAAACAUUGUACCAUACAGCAUUGCCAAUACUAAACAGAGCAGUGUAAUAAACAAUUUACAACACAGUAUUCCCAUUAUAAAACAGGGUAGUUUUAACACGGAUGUACAACGAAGCAUCCUAAAUACUCAACAAAGCAAUGUGAUAAACAAUGUACCAGGCAAGUUUCCCAACACUAAACAGGGUAUUUUUAACAACAAUGUGCGAGACAAGUUUCCCAACACUAAACAGGGUAUUUUUAACAACAAUGUGCGAGACAAGUUUCCCAACACUAAACAGGGUAUUUUUAACAACAAUGUGCCAGACAAGUUUCCCAACACUAAACAGGGUAUUCUUAUCAACAAUGUGCCAGACAACAUUGUCAAUACUAAACAGGGUGUUUUUAACAACAAUGUGCCAGACAAGUUUCCCAACACUAAGCAGGGUGUUUUUAACAACAAUGUGCCAGACAAGUUUCCCAACACUAAACAGGGUGUUUUUAACAACAAUGUACCAGACAAGUUUCCCAACACUAAACAGGGUGUUUUUAACAACAAUGUGCCAGACAAGUUUCCCAAUACUAAACAGGGUAUUCUUAUCAACAAUGUGCCAGACAACAUUGUCAAUACUAAACAGAGCUUACCAGACAACAUUGUCAAUACUAAACAGAGCAUACCAGACAGCAUUGUCAAUACUAAACAGAGCAUACCAGACAGCAUUGUCAAUACUAAACAGAGCAUACCAGACAGCAUUCGCCUUACCAAGCAGCACACUGUUAUAAACAUUGAUGUUCCUUAUAUCGCCGCGGAGAAAGUACAUACAGCUAGCAGUGACCAUCAGUUUGGUGGGGGUCUACCUCAGUACACUGAAACUCUAAUGAGGAAGCCCUAUACCCUACAGGACCAUAUCAACCUUGGAAAUGUCGCAGUGAUACAGACAGCGGAACAUGUCAAGGUCAACAAAGAUAAUGUCAUCAAUGGUGACGGUAUGGGGAACACCGGUGAUGUUAAACAAGACAGUAUGCCAGGAACAAAGCUACCACAUGGAAACACUCACCGUUUUACAGAUUCGCCCAGGAAGAGAUACAGGUCGAGUGUGGCUGCUGUCCGGCAAAACAACCUGGUGCUUCUCCUUACGUACCUCCGUAGUGGGUCUACUCUCACUGCCGACAUCAUACAACAGGUCCCCGGGGUGUUCUACGCAUAUGAACCACUAAGGCGGUACAUAGCAACGGAUAACGGAUAUAUAUCAAUGAAUGGAAUCUGCUCGAUGAAUAACUUAACAUGCAGGCAGCCUACGCUAACAUCGGAAUUACCCCAACUAUAUAUAGAAGACAUCGUUCGUUACUACGGUUGCGAUCUGGAACAUGUGGUUGGACCGUUUUUGUGGAGUGAAACUAGCAUGUCUGUGAAACGGUACAAAGAUUGCACACACGUUACAACACAGCUCAAUGCAGACAAUCAGUUUUGUUUACAUCAGUGCUUUGAAUCGACAAGAUAUUUGAAAACUAUUCGGCUGUCAAUGGAUAUUGUAGAAAUUCUAAUGAAAAUAAUUCCAAGACUGAAGGUCAUUCACCUUCUUCGUGAUCCACGAGGAAUGAUAGAAUCCAGGAAACGUGGAGGGUUUCUGGGGCCCCGGAUGGAUGUAGAUAUAACAACCGUUGCACGAUCAGUGUGCGAACGGUUCGAACGUGAUAUAGAAAUAGCCACGAAACUCAAACAGAAGUACCCUGGACGUCUGAAAACGUAUCUGUAUGAACAGAUCGCCGAACAUCCUAAAUCGGCAUCAGCAAGUUUGUUCAACUUUCUGGGACUGACUGCUUCAGACAGUUUUGAUAUGUGGCUACACAAUCACACGGCUGCUGGCUCUAAUGGAAAAUACUAUGGAACUACCCGAGCUAACUCCUCACUAACAGCUAGUUCAUGGAGAUUGCACAUGUCUUACAAUGACGUUCUUAAAGUUGACAAUGAAUGCCAGACUUUUUAUAGCUACACGGGAAUUUUAAAAGCUGUAUCAAACAAAUCACUCCGAGAUUUGAAUUUCCAUUUACGUUUGCCUAGCCCAGAGUUUUGAUUUUUUUUUAUAAUGCAAGAAAUUCAAAAUUUGUGUUUUGUUAUGUAUCCCAUAUAGAAGUCGUCUUGUAACAGAAGAUACGCUGUCGAUAACAUAAUUAUGUUAUACAAUUUUUUUCAAUUCAGGGCUUUCAACUUACCUUUUAGAUAUGUUUUGACAUACCUAAAGUCAGAGGAAAUUUUAGGACUUCUAAAAUUAACCGAGUUAAAAGACAGUCCUGCAGAGUAAAGAUUUCUUCGAAAAAUGUUAUAAAUUUACAGCUUGUUGGUUGCU